UCGUUCAGUCUGGCAGGCCUUGAGUAGAAGUUGGCCUUGUCUCAACUCACGGUUAUUUACCGGUAUAUCGUAUUAAACGACAGUCAUGGCGGAGAAUGUAUCUAGUGAAACCGAAAAUGAAGCUUUAUUAACUAAAGUUAAAGAAGAACCGCUGUCUGAGGACGAUGACGAAGUAAUAUGCGAACCAGUUGCCAAAAGUCCAAAGCGUUCUAAUAAAUCAAGUGAUAGUAUUUCAAUUAAAUCUGAACCAAAGGAUGAUGCGGCAAAAUCGGAUAACAAAAUUAAAGUAACUGUCAAAACCACGAAAGAAAAACAUAUAAUUGAGAUAGAUAAAGACGCUACGAUGAAAGAGCUUAAAGAAGAAACGUCCAAAGUGUACAAAACACCUGUUGAUCAAUUAUGCCUAAUUUUUUCUGGAAAAAUUCUAAAAGAUCAUGAAAUUUUGUCUGCUUGUAGCAUACAAGAUGGGCACACUUUACAUUUAGUCAUUAGAGCCAAUACGGCUCCAUCUGCAAAUAUUGGUGCUUCUCCUUUUGGAUUAAGCAUGCUUGGUGGUAUUCCAGGUCUAGGAAGCUUAGGUCUAGGAUCACCAAACUUUCUUGAAGUACAGCAACAGAUGCAAAGAGAACUGUUACAGAAUCCUGAACUAUUGCAGCAGAUCAUGAAUAAUCCUUUUGUUCAAUCAAUGAUGGAAAAUCCUGAAUACAUGAGGCAGAUUAUUACAAGUAAUCCUCAAAUGCAAGAAAUGCUAGAGAAAAAUCCAGAAAUUGGCCACAUGCUGAGUAAUCCAGAGGUAUUACGUAACACGAUGGAAAUUGCUAGAAACCCAGUCAUGUUACAAGAAUUAAUCAGAACUAGAGUUGAAACUCUGCCAGCUUCAGCUAGUCAGAAUGUAGAAGAUACUAAUAAUAAAGAAACAGAAUCAGAUUCAAAAGCUAGAGAAUCUGAAAGUGAAGCUUCUGUUAAAUCCGUAACAAGUGAAUCUCAAGCAUCUGAGACAGAGGCAUCUAACAAGGAGAGCAGUGACACCCAGCAAGGCACAACAGAAGCAACAACUGCCAGUGGGCUUUUCACUUCGCCAGGUUUGCAGAGUAUAAUGCAGCAAAUGAUGCAGAAUCCACAACUUGUGCAAGAAAUGUUUAGUGCCCCAUAUAUGCAAUCAAUGAUGGAUGCCUUGGCUGCGAAUCCUGAAGUUGCCAGCCAAAUUAUGGUCAACAAUCCAAUUUUUGGAAAUAACCCAGUGCUUCAAGAACAGAUGAGACAAUCUUUACCGACCUUUAUUCAGCAGAUGCAGAAUCCUGAACUGCAACGCUUUGUAUCCAAUCCUCAAGCACUUUCUGCUAUGAUGAACAUUCACCAAGGUCUUGAUCAACUUCAACAAGCAGCUCCAAAUGUGUUCAACAUGUUUCCUGGGCAACCACCUGUACCACCAUUUCUUUCUCACAAUCCUGAAGUUACCAGAACUACAAAUUCUUCAUCCAGUGGCAAAAAUGAAACUAAUGAAGCAAAUGUUACGUCUCAAGAUACAUUUAGCUACUUCAUGAGAAAUAUGGUAAAUGCAAUGGCUCAAGGUGUCAAUACUGAAAGUCCUCCUGAAGAAAGAUACCGGAGCCAAUUAGAACAGAUGCACAUGAUGGGUUUUGUUAAUAGGCAUGCAAAUUUACAAGCUUUAAUUGCAACUUUUGGAGAUGUGAAUGCUGCUGUUGAAAGGAUACUGUUCCAUGCUCCUUAAAAUUUUUAAUUGAUAAAAGAGAUUUUCUUCAGAGGUGUGUCUACAUUAGAGGACUUAAAUUCUAAUGAAUAAUAUUUUGGAACAUAGCUUUAAAGCAGUGGCCUUUUAGAUCUCUUAAAUUAAUUUCUGCUGUGCUGCUAACAGGAUUUUAAAAAAAUGAUGCAAUUUAUUUCAGUGAAAUAUUAUUGGAUGUUAUUUAAUAUUAUUAUUUAAUUAUUCACCUUAAAGUUUGGUAUGUGUGUUAUGAGAAUUAUAUCUGUUGUGGAUUGGCUAUAUCAAGAAUUUCGAUGUGCUACAUAUGUGUUGUGUAUAAAUCAGUUUUGCUGAAAAAAAUGAUAAAUUUUUAUUCUAGUAUUUGAAUAUGUAAAUCUAUAUUAAAGCAAAAUUCAACUAAUUUAUAAUCAUAUGUGGUAUAUAUGGUAUUUGAAAUUUUGUACGCAGGGAAACUAACAAAUUACCUCCUUAACAGAUGUGCUAAAUUCAAUAUAUAUAAGUUUUGUUACUGAUUUCAGCUUUAAUUGUAGCUUUACUAUUGACAUUUAAAAGCCUUUAUGUAAUUCUAUAUUAAAAUUUACACUGAAAUUAUUUCAUAUUUCCAUGGCCAAAAAGUAACUUUUAGAGUGUUUUCUAAAUAUAUAAUUUUACUAACGUUUUCAUUAGCUGGUAAUUUGUUAGAUAAUAUUUGCAGUUACUAGGAAAUUUAUUAUCUGACUUGUAUGUUCUGUGUUAUGUUUUACUUAUCUGAAAUUCAGUUUUCAUCUUAGUUACUGCAAUAUGAAAUAUGCAGGCAUUUAUAGUAUGCUCCUUCAGUUUGUUCGUACAGCAAUCAGUAAUUUUUUUCCUGAUCUUGCAGUCGCAACCUUUUUAUUAUUAUUAUUAUUAUUAUUAUUUUUUAAUGACAGGUGAAGAGAAGAAUAUGCUAUCAGUUAAAUAAAUGAAGAAAGCAUUAGAUAAAAGUCCACUUUCUGUCUUAUUACUCUAAAAAUUGAUAUGUGAUGGUUACUCAAUCAAGAUUUCAAAUUUCUGUUGGAUUUUCUUCCAGUUUACAUGCACCUCAUUACCAGUUUACCUGUACCUCAUACCUAUCCUAAUCUCUCUGUUAUUUUAUUUUUUGUUGUUUGUUUUGGAUACUCUGGAGUUUACGUAUAUAUAUAUAUAUAUAUAUAUGCUUAAAAAAAAAGAGGAAACGAAACUGUAAACUUGUUAGUGCUGUUAAAAAAUUAAAUUUUGUAAAAUGGUUAUAGUUAAGACACAAUAACACGCCGAAUAAAUACUAAUUCAGAAGUCAAACAACAAAAAUCAGUGUUAUAUUCACAAAAUUUUCACAGGACU